GGAGGGUUUCGGGGGAAGACCAGUGCGCCGGGGCAUUUCCGGUCUUGACUCCGCCCACCCAAGUCUACCUUGUAGAUGCACCUGCGCGUGAAGGAGGCGGGCGUGGCAGACCCCCGCGGAGGCUUGAGGAGGACGGCCGUGGUCCCCGGUCCCACUUUUGAGUGUGGCUUUGCGGGGCCUGUGUUGGCGCCGUUCUCCCAGGCCUCGUUCCUCGGGGGCCGCCCUCGGCUGCUUCUCCCGGCACUGACGCCGCGCCUCUACUUCGGGCUGUCCACCUACGGUCGCACACGCGUGGCACCCGGGUUCCUAGCUCUGUUACGUGCCAGGGCCGGGCCAGGGCUUCCCUGGUGCCUCCCAGCACCGCCACCUCUCCCGCCCCAGGGGCCGCCUGCCGCCGUCCUCCGCAGCUGGUCUGCAUUCUCCGCCUUCUCUGCUUACCGCUCUGUUGCUAGUCCUACAAGGGACCCUCGGGCGCACGGAGCGUGAAGGCCUGCCCCACCGACGUGUCAUUUUGGGAAAGGGUGGGCACUUUCUUGAGUCUUUUAGGCCCCCUUUGCCCUGAAGAAUGAAGCAUCAUGGGAUUUUAUCAGAGGAGGAAAUGUGCCUACAACAAACUGUAUUUCCUAGACUCCUCUCCAGAUGGAGAAACUGAUGCUCAGACAGUUUGAUACCUGAUCCAUGGUGACCCAUCUGGGGUGUGGACUCAGGCCCUACUGGACCACUGAUGGGAGAACCAAGAGGGAAGUACCAUUUUUGAUGUCCCUGGGAGAUUCUAAGAGUCAUCAUCUAAAUAACAGUGUUCCCCUGAACAGUCAGGAUAAUCUCCUCUUCCUGUGGAUGGAGAUCCCUUUUUCAAUGAAGCAAGGAUCCCAAGAAAAAAAAGAUCUAAGACCAAGUGGGCCCUCAGAAUCCUUCCUGGAAUAAGCACUUCAGAAAGUGACUCCUCUUCACAGCGAACGCUUAACACGUGUGCCAGGCCAUCCUAAGCUCUGCGCACGUCUCCACUCUUGUCAUCCUCACCCCAAGCCACUCUAUGAGCACCAGGUGCCAGGUCCAUGAAGAACCCGUGUGAUUGAACUGGAAAAAGGACAGAGGAAGUGCCUUCUAACCAGCCUGGUACUGGGAGUGAAGAAUGAACCUCUCUUCUCUAAGUCACCCCGUCUGUGUCCCAGGGCUCCGUCUGGAAGCUAAAUCAUCACAGUCCUGGAGGCUGGGCGCCUCCUUCUGGUCAGAGUUGGUAACUACAGUACCUAAAUGGCUGUUUUCCGGACUUCUCUAGGGAAAGACCCCGGUGGAAAUUGCCCUUGAGAACGAUCCGUGUAAAGCCCCAGAGCCUGACUCGGAGUUUCCACCAGCAGUGCUUGGAUUUCAGACAACCACCCAGCCACAGCGCUCCUUGUGAUAUCAGGCCUUCUCUCGUAUGGAAGUGAUCUUUCAGCGCUGUGAUGUGUGCUGACAAGGAGUCAGGUCCCGGCAGGAUUGCCACCAUAAAUCUGAAGGUCAAAUAGUCAUAGAGAUACAUCUGAUAAAGCCACAUCGCCUCACACCAUCAUGAGAUGAGUGCAUUUCAGGCCUCUCACUGUUGUGGCCUCUCCCGUUGUGGAGCACAGGCUCCGGACGCGCAGGCUCAGCGGCCAUGGCUCACGGGCCCAGCCGCCCCGCGGCAUGUGGGAUCUUCCCGGACCAGGGCACAAACCCGUGUCCCCUGCAUCGGCAGGCGGACUCUCAACCACUGCGCUACCAGAAAAGGACGUGCCCAACAAGCCCUUGCGGGUCCGAGUCCGCUCCUCCAACGACCAGCUGUCCGUGGCGUGGAAGGCGCCUCACCUGUCUGGAGCUAAGAGUCCACGCAGAUCACGGGGCUUCCUUCUGGGCUAUGGAGAAAGUGGCCGGAAGAUGAAUUAUGUUCCACUGACGAGGGAUGAGCGAACACACGAAAUUAAAAAGCUAGCCUCCGAGUCAGUGUACGUGGUCUCACUGCAGUCCCUGAACUCCCGGGGGCAGAGUCAGCCGGUCUACAGGGCUGCCCUAACAAAGCGGAAGAUUUCAGAAGAGGAUGAACUGGAUGUACCUGAAGACAUCAAUGUCCGGGUAAUAUCGUCCCAAUCUGUGCUGGUAGCCUGGGUGGAUCCUGUUUUGGAAAAACAGAAGAAAGUUGUCACAUCAAGACAGUACACUGUGCGCUACCGAGAAAAGGGGGAGUCCGCAAGGUGGGAUUACAAGCAGGUCUCCAACAGACGAGUGCUGAUAGAGGACCUGAUUCCAGACACCAUGUAUGAAUUUGCAGUCCGCAUCUCACAGGGUGAACGAGACGGCAAAUGGAGUACAUCUGUCUUCCAGAGAACACCAGAAUCUGCUCCUACCACAGCGCCUGAAAAUUUAACCGUCUGGCCAGUCAAUGGCAAACCUACGGCUGUCACGGUAGCUUGGGAUGCACUGCUAGAGACGGAGGGGAAAGUGAAAGAAUACAUUCUUUCAUACGCCCCGGCUCUCAAACCAUUUGGAGCAAAGUCCCUCACCUAUCCUGGAGAGACUACUUCUGCCCUAGUGGAUGGUCUGCAGCCUGGGGAACGCUAUCUUUUCAAAAUCCGGGCCGCAAACAGGAGAGGAAUGGGGCCUCAUUCCAAAGCCUUCAUUGUCGCUCUGCCAGCAACCCCUACCAGUGAGUCUGAUGUUCAGCAGAAAGCAGACACGGAAGAUCCUCACGAGCCUGAAAAGCCCGAGCCGUCCUCAUCUUCGCCCAAAGCUCCAGCUUCCUCAAAACACACUCGUUUGCCUGUUUCUCCCCAAGGGAGAAACGUCAAGAACCUGCUUCUUGACUUGAAGAACAAAAUAUUGGCUAAUGGUGGGCUGCCCAGGAAACCCCAGCUUCCCCCUCGGAAGAGUGAAGGGGUGGAUCCUCAGUCGACAGAAAUCACCGAGGAGGAAGUGCUGGAUUCCCGAGGGCACCCGCCAACCUCGCCCUCGGAGACCCAAGACCAGAAGCCCCAGCAGAGACCACCAAGUAGACCUGUCCACCCGGUCCUCCCUGCGGGGCGGGCUCCGGGGAGAGCCCGAACUCCGGGGCUGCCCCGGAAGGACGGCGCGGACAAGCGUGGCUCGUCGCCCGCCUCUCACCCUCGCCCAGGGGCGCCCCCCUCCGCCUCUUCGGUCCCUGCCACACCCCCCGAGGGCCCCGCUCACCGCCCUUCCAGCUCUGAUGACAAUGACUCCGUGGACCAAGAGGAGGAAGGGCCAGCCGCAGGCUCGCCGCAGCCGCCUCCCCGGAGCGCAGCGCACGCCCGACCCGCCCUGGCGCCCGGCCGGCACCCAGCCUGGGGCGCCCUGCGCGACGGAGGCUCCGCGAACCACGGCACAAAACCAGCCUUGCCCUCUCGGAGGGCGCCCCACUCUGAGGAUGGGGAGGAAAAUUCCAGGGCUUCGGCCCCACCCGCAAGACUGUCUCCAUCCCACGGGGGGACAUCUCGGCUGCUGCCCACCCAACCACAGCUCGGGCCCCCGCUCUCCAGGGGCUGGAAGGAUGGUCACGAGGCCCCAGCCGCCAAGUCCACCGCGCCGUUACGGGCUACCCAGCCCUCCUCGGCCUCCUCUCGUCUCUCCUCAAGGACACAGGCCUCUGAAGGCGCAGAUGACUCGGACGGCGGCGGUGACAAUGAUGCUGAAGAGAAAGGGAAGCAGGCUGAAGCCACGGCCCCGACAUUUCGGUCCCGGGCGCCUGUCUCUGGACAUUUCAGUGCGCUCAGGAACAGGCCCUUCGCUGCCCCCGGCAGAUAUCCACACAGGCUUGGCGGCGGCCGAGGACCCCGGUUACGGCCCUCCAGCUCCCCGCCGUCCACCGUGGGCCCCCGGGUUCACUCGAGGGUGAAUUCUCACCCAGCUUCUGACCACAGGCGAGGCUUGGGCGGCCAUGAAGACAGCGAAGAAGAGGCAGGGGACGAACAGCCGCUCCCGGCCACCGUGGCGAAUGACCACGCGUCUUCCUCCUCCGGGCAGCCUGUCUCCCGGGGCGCGGACCACCUGAGAAGAGGCCCUCAGAGAGCGGCGAGCCCGCAGCGGAAGGAGCCCCUCGAAGAGAACCCCAAAUCCGCGGGGACCUGGGCAGGGGCGCAUCCUCAGGCCAAAUCUCCGCCCUCUAAGGCGCAGGAUGUUCAACAGAGCACCGACGCGGGCGUGGAGGGCGGCUCUUCCCAAACGCAGCUGUCUCCUGCGCCUCGCUCGCAGCACCACCGCGGGACCCGCGUGCCCCGAAGGAUGGGUGCCGGGUCCGCCGCUCCGGAAAAGCAGCCUUCAUCGGCCGUCUCCGCGUCCCAGCAGCAGCCCCGCGGCCCGCAGAGCAAGGAAGAAGGGCGUCCGCCUUCCAAUCCCCAGGCCGGGCGUCCCCACUCCACGUCGCAGGAAAGCGCCUCCUUCUCAGACCCUUACUCGUCCAGAGGCAGGCAGUCCCUCACGGCGAGCUCCCAGGGGGGGCUUCCCACGUCUCCCCAGAAUCAGAGCGAGGAUUCCGACGACAGCGCAGAAGCGGAGACCAGGGGCAUCCGGGCGCCCGCAUACUCGGUGGCUGCCAAGGUCGCCACCCCGUCCCUUCCCAAGCACCGCCAGGUGGAGGCUCAGGCAAGAAGCGCCGGCGACAGUCAUCUCCGCAGACCCUUAGGCAGGCCCGGCAGCCUCCACCCCCAAGCCCGCCCCAGGGUCCCCGGCAGAGCAGGGCCCCAGGCGGUGGGGAAGAAGGACGGUGCGUCCCAGGCCACGCCAUCCAAAAGGGAGCCCCUGCCGUCAAAAUCGCAGCAGUCGGUCGCGGCCGAGGAGGAAGAUGAAGACAUGAUGUUUUUUAACGGAGGAAAGGACAAGGACCCACUGUCUUCCUCUGUUCCAAAGUGGCCCUCCUCCUUCAUCCCCAGGGGCGGCAAGCACGUGGAUGGGAACAUCGCUAAGGGGGAGACAGAGCCUGCUAUCGUGCUUGCGCCUCCCCGAGUGAGCUCCCCGCAGGACAAGAACGCCACCCCAGUGAAGCGUCCUCUUCCUCCACCUCCGGGCAGCUCCCCGAGAGCCACGCACCUCCCGCCCAGACACGCCCCUCGCAGCCCUGCCACCCCAAGUCCCACGGAGGCCCCCCCCUCCCCGCCGCGGUUCACCACGCGCGCCCCUGCCAUCUACUCGUCCACCACCCCUAUGCUCUCCUUGCGCCAGCGCAUGAUGAACUCAAGAUUCCGGAACCCUUUCUCACGUCCGCCUGUGAGACCCCCUUCCAGACAAGGUUAUAAUGGAAGACCAAAUGCAGAAGGGAGAGUACUUCCUGGUAGUAAUGGAAAACCAAGUGGACAAAGAAUUAUCAAUGGUCCUCAAGGAACAAAGUGGGUCGUGGAUCUUGAUCGUGGGUUAGUAUUGAACGGAGAAGGAAGGCACCUCCAGGAUUCACAAGGAAAUCCCCUUCGAGUUAAACUAGGAGGAGAUGGUCGAACCAUUGUGGAUCUGGGAGGGACCCCCGUGGUGAGCCCUGAUGGCCUCCCCCUCUUCGGGCAGGGGCGAUAUGGCAAACCCUUGGCCAGUCCCCAGGAUAAGCCCAUUUUGAGCCUCGGAGGGAAGCCCCUGGUGGGCUUGGGGGUCGUCAAGACAACCACCAGUUCCUCCACCGCCAGCACGCGACCCCCGACCACCACGCCCCCUCAGCCCACCACGACCAGCACCACGCGCCCAGCGACCACCCGAACCACUACGCAGUCAACCACCACUACCACCGCCCCCGAGCCCGCUGCUCGCAUCCCCACCUGUCGCCCCGGGACCCUGGAGCGACAUGACGAGGAUGGCAACCUCGUCGUGGGCUCAGAUGGGAUCCCGGAGUGCCACCCCGAGGAAGAUGAGUUCUCAGGAUUGGAGACCGACACGGCAGUGCCCACGGAAGAGGCGUACGUGAUCUAUGAUGAAGAUUAUGAAGCUGAGACCUCAAGGCUGCCGGCCACCACCAAGCCCUCCACCCCUGCUGCCACUCCUGCUGUCAUCCCCCCGGAAGGCUCCAUCAGUUCCUACCCUGAAGAAGAGUUCGAUCUGGCUGGAAAGAAGCGAUUUGUUGCUCCUUACGUGACGUACCUAAAUAAAGACCCGUCUGCCCCAUGCUCUCUGACUGACGCUCUGGAUCACUUCCAAGUGGACAGCCUGGAUGAAAUCAUUCCAAACGACCUGAAGAAGAGUGACCUGCCUCCUCAGCAUGCCCCCCGCAACAUCACUGUGGUCGCCGUGGAAGGCUGCCACUCAUUUGUCAUUGUGGACUGGGACAAAUCCGCCCCGGGAGAUGUGAUAACAGGUUACUUGGUUUACAGUGCAUCCUAUGAAGACUUCAUCAGGAACAAGUGGUCCACCCAAGCUUCAUCAGUAACUCACCUGCCCAUUGAGAACCUGAAACCAAACACAAGGUAUUAUUUUAAAGUUCAAGCCAAAAAUCCUCACGGCUAUGGACCUAUCAGCCCUUCGGUCUCAUUUGUCACAGAAUCAGAUAAUCCUUUGCUUGUUGUGAGGCCACCAGGUGGUGAGCCCAUCUGGAUCCCAUUUGCUUUCAAACACGACCCUGGCUACACGGACUGCCACGGCCGACAGUAUGUGAAGCGGACGUGGUACAGAAAGUUUGUGGGAGUCGUUCUUUGUAAUUCACUGCGGUAUAAGAUCUACCUCAGUGAUAACCUGAAAGAUACAUUCUACAGCAUUGGGGACAGUUGGGGAAGAGGUGAAGACCAUUGUCAAUUUGUGGAUUCACACCUGGAUGGAAGAACGGGGCCUCAGUCCUACAUAGAAGCCCUCCCUACCACUCAAGGCUACUAUCGCCAGUACCGCCAGGAGCCAGUCAGCUUUGGCAACAUAGGUUUUGGAACCCCCUACUACUACGUGGGCUGGUAUGAGUGUGGGGUUUCCAUCCCAGGGAAGUGGUAACCACAGGACGGUCGUGCUGGCAGCUCGUCCUGCCCGGCCCCCUCGACUAACCUGCACUAGGGCCUGUGAGCAGGGAGAAGGGAUGGUGUCCCAAGCUUCACUGUCCCCAGUGUCAGCAAGGCCACACGGUGGACACCGGACACUUCAGGCAUCUUUGAUCUGGAGCUCAGUCCUACUUCUUGGCCUGGACCACACACAGGAUUCAAUGUUGCUGUUAACUUUGCUUCUCCACAUGUUUUGCUUAUAAUAGCUCAUCCCAGAGACGGCAGACGUGCGCAGCUACCAGGACGCCUGGUGUGAUUUUCAUACUUUUUAGGCACAAAGUUCAGACACUUUGGUAUCUCCAGGGAUCAGCAUACACACGCUGUGCUUGCUUUGUGGAACACCACCCAUGUUCUUUUUUCUCACUGGACCCCUCCAAAAGUAGCUAAAUUUAAGCUUUGGAUCCCUUUCUAUGCAGUAGAACUGAAUUACUAAAAAUGCCACCAAAGGAAAUGUAGCCUACUUAAGGUUUAUUCUAUGGACUUAACCCACCACUAGACCAAUUGUGUCAAAUCUUACUUGUAAAUUCUCAAUUUUGAUAUAUAUAUAUAUAUGUAUAUAUGCAUAUACAUAUCCACACUUGUCUGCAA